AUGCCCGACGCCAACGGGGCCAGAAAAUUCCGGCCAAUGCUAUGGCCAGCUAACAUUCUAAUGGUGCAUCCAGAAAGGGACGAUAUUAAGAUCUGUGAUUUUGGAUUUGCACAAGUAUUCUCACCAGUCCUGCCACAGUUUAGCAAGUAUGGCUGCCCGGAGUUUGUGGCCCCUGAGAUUGUUUCACAGGAUCCGAUUUCAACCGCCACUGAUAUAUGGGCUGUUGGUGUUAUCACAUUUUUAUGGGAAAGGCCAACUGCAUCUGUAUGUUUGAAAGAACAGUGGUUUCAGGAAAAGCAGAAACUCCAGGAAUCUUGCAUGAUUAACACAAGAAGAUUGAAAUUCUUUAUAUCAAGAAGCAAGUGGCAGCGCUCCCUUAUGAGCUACAAAUCAAUACUUGUGAUGAGGUCAAUUCCUCAACUUUUGGAAGGGACUUCUGAAGACCUUUCUCUUGGCAUGCCUCGGCACUUGUUUAAUGAAAGUAGCUCACCAACAACUAGUCCUUCUUCUGAUUUUGAAGACUGCACCCACCAGACAGAACCACAUUCAAUCCACACUCCAGAUAUCAACCAGGCUUUGUUUGAUCAAUACUCUUCAACUGAAGGUGAAUAUUUUGAAACCCCAUUGUCUACUUCUUUCUCAACAGACAUUAUAGAUCCAAAUAACAGUGGACACAAGAGCGAUAGGCCACUGUUAACUAGAAGCACUGCUGUUGAAAAACAAGCAGAUGUAAAACAUGAAAUAGGUGUAGAAUAUGAAGAGAAUAUGAAAGCACAGCAUAAAUAUUCUGAAACAUGUGAAGACCUGAAUUUAAGUGCUAGAACCAUGAAGCAUCCUAUUUCCAAAGCAGCUACUAUAGAGAUUUCAGACUGCUCAAGAGUGGAAGGAGCAGCAACUCACAAUUUAUUUCAUGGCAUUUCAGCUGAUAGUGCUCUCACACUUCAAUUAUCAGAACAAAGCAGCUUACUGGAUACAAACACCGAACAGUCAUCCAGACUUUUACCAAGGCAUUGUCUGAUAAAAAGUACUUUCUACAGUGAUACGGAGGAGAAUAGAGAUCUUUCUACUGAGGAUGCUAAAUAUGCAAGGAGCCUUGAAAGAACGAGAAAGCGUUUUGUACAGGCAGGUUACACUAAAGAAAAUGUAAGUGGUCUACGCCAGCCACUCUUGGAGUGCUUUCAGAUGUCUGUUCAGGACAGAAGAUCUAACAUUGAAAGAUUUGGAGAAACCUCAAGCCACAUCUCUGGAAAGCUAGAAAGAUCAGCAUCUCACUAUGAUGGCAAUAUUGUGGUUUAUUCUCCUAAGGAAAAUUCAAGAAGGAGCAAGUCAUUGGAUAAAUGUGAAGUAGAGUUCUUAACUCAAACUGUAGCAGAAGAAUCUGAGAGUGAAAUACUGGAGCCAUUUCCCCAGCAGUCAGAUCCAAACUCCAAUACAGUGACCUUCCUAGAUGAUGCCUUAUCAUCCCAUCCUGUUUCCCUGGAUGCACAAGAGUCAGGUACACAGGAACCAGGAAUGUGCAGAUCGAUACUAAGUGACACAAUAUGCUUAUCUGAAGAGGGCAUCUUUUUAACAGACUUAAAAUAUAUUUCAGAAUGCCCCACAAAAAAUAUUCCCUCUGAGAUAGCUCAAUCUGUGCAAACUUAUGUAACUCCUUUAAACUCAUCAGAAAAAGAACAGAACACAGAGCUCAACGUGGAAAGGACCUGUAUUACUGACAUCAAAGACAGUGACAGUCAACAUUCAGAGAUGGACUCUAGUGCAGAUGCUUCCCCUCAGGGUCCAUCAGAUCUGCAAACCAAGGGCUGUGAUUUUUCACAAUCAUUUGAAGAUAUAAAGACCUCACCUCUCUUUGAACCUCCAGAGUUGGAGUCCAUAACAACAAAAGGGCAGUAUUAUGACAAGCCUACCAAUUCACAUACAAAUGUUUCAGGGAUCAGGUCUUAUGACUUUCAACGUCCUACGGAUUCUGAGUUGGAGACUGAAAUCUCCUCUGUUGCUGCUUCAGUUAUCACGUCUGGAUCUCAGGAGAAGAGUUCAAGUGAAAAUGUCAGCUCUUUAUACUUUGAUACAGUAGAAUCAGACACAGAUUACUUUAAUCUAUCAGAGCCGUACAACUGUGGACUAGAGUAUGAACUGUCUCAAAAGUUUGAAGGGAAAAACACUUCUCAAACCAAAAAUUUGCCUGUGCCAUGUACAUCUGAAGAAGCAUUUCUUUCAAGGGAAACAAAGACCAAAAAUUAUAGUCCUUUACAAGGAAAGUUAGAUCAGACUUCAACCACCUCAUAUGAAAUAUUGUGCGAUGAGCCUGAAACAGCAUAUGAGUAUUCUUGGAAUAUGAAUGCAGGUGAAUGGGAAUCAGAUUUAUUGGAAUUGCUCAAAGAUACUGAAGAGGAUGAGCCCACAUCAGAUAUUGAGGAAGGAGAACCAAAAAGUAAAAAAAAAAUUAAAAGAACUUCACUGGAAAACAAAAUACAUCAAAGUUUUGAAAGUCUAAGAAAAGCAUUCAAAAACCAAAAGGAUGCAAAAACUCCAAUUGCUUCAAGUGAAACAAGUCUGACUGCCAGUGAAACCCACUCAGACCCAUUGUCAAAGUCUACUUCAGAAACUUUUGGCAGAUCUAGUCUUUUAAGAUUAUUUAGCAGGUCUGCUUCACUAAAUUGGGAUAAAGGUUUACAUCAGUUUGAUGAAGAUGAAGGAGGAAAUCGAUAUUCUUUAUCUGUGUUGCGGGAUUUAAACACGAGCGAACAUUUUCAAGAUUCAAGUGGAACAAGGAAAAGUCAGACAUUGCCUGCUCACUUUUCAUGGCAGUUGAAAAGCAAAGAGAAACUAAAACUGAAAGAGAGAAAAGAAGGGGAUGUGAGCAAGCCUCAGGAAAGUGCCGAUCCAUCUAACACGGCAUUGCAUGGGAGCCCGUACAUGGAAGUUAUGAAAGUGCCAUUGAUACCUCCUUUAAAAGAAAAGAAAAAGCUGGUGAGUGUGCAAUCAACAGACACUAGAGACAAUCCCAGUGGUCUCUUGAAGAAAAGAUCUAGACUGUUUUCAUUCAAGCUUCCCAGUUCGAAAGCAAAGGAAAAAGCACCGUCAUUUCUCGAAGGCCUCAUAAGCCAGUCAGUUGUUUUGAGUCAGUCUGUGACCUUGUCCUGCAGACCUUCAGGCUACCCAAACCCUGACAUACUGUGGUUCAAAGAGGACCAGCUGGUGUGCUGCAGUGACCGAAUACUGUCAUCAGCCACAAGCCAAAAUUGCCAGCUUUUAACUAUCCUAAACGUAACAGAGGAUGACCUUGGUAGAUAUACAUGUGUGGCUGAGAACCGUUUAGGCAAAGCUUCAGCUUGCUGCUUACUGAAUCUUGCAGCUGUGCCUUGUCGCCCUGAUUCUCCUGAAGUAGCACAGGUCUAUGAAGAUGGAGCUUUAGUGAUAUGGAAGCCGCUUGUGACCAACAUGCCAAUAACGUACAUUAUUGAGUGUAAGAGAACAGGUGAAGACUGGAAAAAUGUUGCAUCUGACCUUUCUGAAUCCUGCUUUUAUGCCGGUAACCUGCACAGGGGAGAAACCUAUUCGUAUAGAGUUGCAUAUGUCAACAAAGCUGGGAAAGGACUAUUUAGUCGACCAUCUGCUGAAGUUAUCAUUGGGGAGACAGAAGUAAAGUCGCAUAGUGUACAUGGAGAGAAGCUGGCAUCAGUGCAUCAGACAUACACAUUUCUCACAGAGAUAAACAGAGGGCGCUUCGGCAUCAUAAAGAAAUGUACAGAGAACUCCUCGGGAAAGUCGCUUGCAGCUAAAAUCACUCCUUACAAGAAGCAGAAUAAGCCAUUUGUCCUGAAGGAGUAUGAAAUCCUAAAGAAACUGCAUCACAACAACAUUGUUCAGCUUCACGGUGCCUACAUUACACCUAAAUACUUAGUUCUGAUCCAAGAACUCUGCAACGGGAAGGAGCUAUUUCACAACCUGGCUGAGAGAUCGUGUUACACUGAGCACCAUGUGGUGGAGUUGCUCACACAAAUGCUCAGUGCUGUUGAAUAUCUCCAUCUCAAUCAUACUCUCCACCUUGAUCUGAAAUCAGAGAAUAUGAUCGUUGUGGAGCAUAAUGUAUUGAAGCUGCUGGAUUUCGGCAAUGCUGAGAUUCUCAUUCCUGGCCGUCCUGUGCUGGUGGAAAAGUGCAGAGACUUUGUAGAGAAUAUGGCUCCAGAAAUCCUUGAAGGGAAGGCAGUUGUUCCAGAGACGGAUAUCUGGGCAGUUGGCGUGCUGACAUUUACAAUGUUGAGUGCAGAUUGUCCAUUUAGGUCUGAUAAAGAUUGUGAUAAAGAAAAGAAUAUAAGGAAAGGAAAAAUCAAGCUGGGGAGAUGCUAUGCUGGCCUUUCGCAAGGGGCAGUUUCCUUUCUGAAGAAUACAUUAUGCCUUAAUCCAGGAAUUGUUGGUACCAAAAUUCUGGUUCUAAAAAUCGGAAUGCUACAGAAGGACAUCUUGUAG